AUGGGUUUUCAUCAAGAGGCUAAUGUUACUCAUCGUAGCAGCAGCAAUGGCCAUCAUGUGUCCGAUGGUGAUGACGCAGCAACUAUUGCUACCCUACUCUCUGAAGAUCAUGAUCCUAGAGUUGUGGAUCAUCAACAACAACAAGUAUAUUAUUCGGUCGUGGCUUCGGAAGAAAUUGAAUAUGUUCCGUCAUCUUCACCUUCGGUAUUGCAUCAACAGGAUGAGUCAUUUGAUUCCAAUUCCGAGAAGGAAUUCGAUGACUCUCCUAGAGAUAACUCGCUUCGGAUUGUGUAUGGAAAUUUUGAAUCAUCCAAUUUUGAAAAUCAAAAGUUAAUACAUGAACAUUAUUACGAUCAUAUUUUAACGCCUCAGUUAAAACAAAGGCAACGUGAUUUAGCUAAUUUCUUACUUAAUUAUAAUUAUCAUCAGAACAUAAUUUUGAAAAUAUUCAGUUUAAUAUGUUGGAUUUUUUAUAAUAUUAUCAUUACUUUUAUUGUACAUUUUUGCUUGAAGAAUAUUAUUUUCUACAUCAUCUCGUUGAUCUAUAGAUGUUGUAAUUGCGAGAGAUACAAUUUUGGCUCUCUCAGCACGACUAGUGUUGUUAAUGACGACAUUUCAUCGUCAUCAUCGAUCACUACUGAUCAUUUUAAUACCUUUUCUCUUCACAGGAUUUUUCAAAAUAGAAGAGAUUUUGAAAAAUAUUGGAAACAAGCAACCACGUGGCUGUGGAAUUUUUUAUUUGCGGAUAACAAUGAGUCACUUCAGACUAUUUCGGAAGGUGUUACAUCAAGAACUCUAUUUUCAAGAGACAGAAACUGCAACUACCCUAGAUUUUGUGACAACACCAUCAGCAAUACCAAAUACAAGUGGUACAACUUUUUUUGGAAGAGCAUUAGUGAACAAUUUUCACUUCGAAUGAAUCAGUAUUUUUUAGCUCUGGCGUGCUUGCAAUUUUGGAAAGUAGCAAGCCCAACAAACCCAAUAACUACUUGGAUUCCUCUCAUCGUAGUGGUAACCGUUGGCGUAGCCAAAGAAUUCAUUGACGACUACUUUCGAUAUAAAAAAGAUACAGAAAUUAACUUGAAUAAGGUCACCAUUGUUAGAAGUGGAUCUUUUCAUGUGAUACCUUCUUAUCAAGUUCAAGUUGGAGAUAUUGUCUAUCUUCAAGAGGAGGAACAAAUACGAGCAGAUAUGAUUUUACUGAAAUCAAGUAACAUUUUGAAGAAGGAGAAAAUUAGUCGUGUAGAGAGCGGUGACGAUGUAGAUCCCACAACAAACGAUUUUUUGUGUGAUAUAUCUGGAGGAAUUGCGUGGAUUGAAACAUCUGCACUGGACGGAGAGUCACAUUAUAAGGAACGAAAAGCUAUACCGGAAGUGCAAAAACUCUUUUCGAACAAUGUGAAUGAAUAUAGCAACAUUCUCAACAAUUUUUCGUGCAUCGUGGAAUGCUCGCUACCCAAUGCAGAUCUUGAUCACUUCAGAGGAGAUUUGCUUGUUGCUGAUAGAAUGGGAGGUUUCACCAGAUAUCCAUUGUCGUAUCACAAUUUACUUCUUCAAGGAACCACUUUGAAAAGCACGUCCCAUGCUCUGGCACUGGUAGUCUAUACUGGAAAUGAAACCAAGAUUGGAAUGAACAAAAAGGAAGCAGAAAUGAAAUGGACAAAAAUGGACAAUUUUAUUAACCAUGUUGUCGUUGGAAUAUUUAUGGUCCAAUUGGUGAUUGGCCUUAGUUUUGGAAUUAUUGGAAAUUAUUAUAACAUUUUACAGAGCCAGCAUAGCCCAUUUUAUCUGGCGUUGGAUCAAUAUCCGAUUCUAUCCGUGACAAACGCGAGCACCAAUACGCUUCUUCUUUUCCGAAUUUUAUAUAAUUUCAUUUACCCAAUUCUACCAUAUUUGAUCAUACCUUUACGAUUCACAAUGCUAUGCUCGCUCAUGAUCCCACAAUCUCUCAAAAUUACCUCAGAUAUUACCAAGUACAUUAUUUCAAUGUUUUUUAUUGCCAAAGAUAAUGGCUUGAGUGACAAGAGAGGAAAUAUGCCAAGUUGUUCGAACACCUCAGUGGCCGAAGACUUGGGCCAAAUCCAAUACAUAUUUACUGACAAGACAGGAACAAUCACUGAAAAUUUACUGACUUUAUCACGAGUUAUUGUUGAUGGACAAGUGAUACGAGUACCAAAACACACGAACUGUAGCACUGCAAGUACCACUCAUUUUCUUUGGACUCACAAUACGGCAUCAAACGACUCCAUUAGUAUGAAAUUUUUACGAAACUUGGCCCUUUGUCAUACGGUCUAUUGUGAAAAUGCAGAAAAUGUAUAUAUGCCUCAUUACAGAUCUAGCUCUCCUGAAGAGGACGCAUUUGUAAAAUUUGCUGCAUCACAAGGAGUAGUUCUCAAUUAUAGAGAUGAAGAAAGAAUGGUGUUAAAAAUUUACGACAACCGUGACGAAAAUUCAAGAGACCGAUCAUUUGUGCUUGAAGAGUAUCGCAUCUUAAAAGUUCUCUAUUUUACAAGCGAUCGAAGAAGAAUGUCCAUUAUCGUCAAGCAGCAAGAAAUAGACAAUAUAGAUUCCCUGACAAGAUAUUUUAUCAUGUGUAAGGGAGCAGAUGACGUAUUAUCGGAAAGAAUGGACAAUAAGGAUCCUUCUUUGCUACAACAAACACUAUCUCACAUUCAAACAUUGGCUUCCCAAGAAGGCCUUCGUGUCAUGUUGAUGGCAUAUCGAGAACUCAGCUCAGACGAAGUGUCAACUUUUAUGGAACGCAUUUCUCUCGCUGAUGAUAGCAAUGAACAGAGUAUUUUUGAAGAAAUUGAAACAAAUUUCCAAUUGCUUGGAGCCACCGCCAUGGAGGACAAAUUACAAGAGGGUGCAGCUGAAUGCAUAGAGAGUCUAAGAGAUGCUGGAAUUUCCAUUUGGAUGUUAACUGGGGAUAAGAUGGAAACUGCAGUUCAAAUUGCCCAGACAUGCCACAUCAUUCCAUCUCUUCCUUCGGAUGAUCUUUUAUUAAUUUAUUUGAGAGGAUCCUCGGUUGUUACCGUGAGAGAUGCUUUACACCAAGCUUUGACAAAAUUAGGAAAUAGUUCUCACCUCUUUGCAUGCUUAAUUUUUGAAGGCAAAAUUCUUAACUAUAUUCUGAGCGAUGACGACACUAAUCAUCACAAUCAAACAGCUGAAAUUAAGUCCUUAGAAAAUUUGAUACUGUUCUUGAGACUGUGUGAACAAGUUCAAGCUUGUGUCUGUUGCAGAAUGACUCCCAAGUUUAAAGGGAAAAUUGUCAGAAUGAUCAAAUAUCCUGUGACCAACAUUGAAGACUCAAACAAUAAUAACCGAUUGCAAUCACUGAGCUCACCAAUAUGUCUCGCGAUUGGAGAUGGAGGAAAUGACGUCAACAUGAUUUUAGAAGCAGAUGUAGGAGUUGGAAUCAGCAGUUCGGUAAAACCUACCGAGAUGAUAGCACAAUUAUUUCAGAUCAAGAAAUUCACACCGAAAAUGAGAAUUUACAAGCAGUGCGAGCCGCCGAUUUUGGAAUUCCAAGAUUUAGUGCUCUAA